AGCAAGACCCCGUCUCAAAAAAAAAAAAAAAAAAUACAAAGUCAGUUCAUCCUGUCUCCCUACCCUUCCCACAUACUCACCAGGGGAUGUGAGACCAAGGCUUCCCCAUUCUCCACUUUUGUCAGUUACAGAACCCCUGUCCAGAGGCAGGGGCAUCCUUCCCCCUCCAAAGCCAUGUUCUGGUGGGUUUCUGGCCUUUUCCUGGAGUUUAUUGGUGAUCCCAAGCCUCCAGCCUGGAAGGGCUACCUCCUUGCCGUGCUGAUGUUCCUCUUGGCCUGCCUGCAAACUCUGUUUAAGCAGCAGAACACGUACCGGCUCAAGGUGCUGCAGAUAAGGCUGCAGUCUGUCAUCACUGGCCUGGUGUACAGAAAGGUGAGCCCCAGGGGACAAGUGCAGGCCUUCCUGGCCGGAGAAGGCAACAUCACUGAGCUGGUUGGUAGUAAUGCCAUCAGUAGCUAAG